AGAUUGCAGCAGAGAUAAACUUAACAAAAUUAUAUAUCUUUUCCCUUCGCUGAUUUUUCAGUCCCAUUGUGAUUGUGAUUGUGAUUUUUCUUGCUGGGGUACCUUAUCUGUUUGCUGUUGUGGAAUAGGCAAUCAGAUUUCUUCCUUAUGGCUCCAACGUCGCCCGCCCGGAGGAACCAAUUCAUCGAUCGAAUCUCUUUAUAGCAUACAUACAGAAGUUGCAAUAAUGGAGGAUUUCGGGAAGAAAAUUUCCUUAUCAGAGCCGGAGAUGGAGAUUCCAGCAGAUGAAGAAGAAAAAGAAGAAAAGAAGGGAUCUUCUAAGCUCAACUCCGCCGCCAAAACACUAGAGCUGCUCCGAAGAUUCCUCGCUGUUCAGCAGCGCCGAGCGCUCGCUUAUUCUCGCCUUAAACGGGGGUUUGAAGAUUACAUGGUUUCUGGGGGUGAAUUAGCUUACCAGCAGCUUUGCAGUGAGAUUACUGUUGAGUUCAAUGAUUGUUCAAAACAGGUCCUAGAAAUGGAAUCUCUAUUUGCAAGUCCUGAUUAUUCCAGAGAGGAUCUUGCUUACCUGCUCAGAUCAGUUCAAUCUCAAGAAAAGGAGAAAUUGCAUUUGACAGCCACUAUUCAAGUGCUGAAAAAGUCUGGUCGUCCAUCGGAACGUUUGGUAAGCCAUGAGAAUUGCAGAUUUAGACAGUCAACCGGGCAUGAAUGCGUGCACAUACAGCAGAUAACUGAAGCUUCGGGCACAGAAGAAGCUGAGGCUGAUGCUCAAUAUGAUAAUGCUCUCAAGGAAGCCAUUAAAGGCGUGCAAGAUGCCGUAAUUUCCAUAAAUGAACACUUGGAUGAAGUAAGGUAUGAGAUUGAAACACUUGAAACCGAGUAAAUUAUAUCUACUUUUAGCCCGUAUGCAUAUCAAAACACCUGUUAUGGAAUGCUUUUAUUUUGCAACGUAAAUUUAUUUACAUAUUUAUGUCCUGAGAUCGUAGUUUACAGUUACCGUACAGUCAUAGAAGUGACGCUCAAUUUGUUUGAUUCUUAAGAGAAUUUUCGAUAUAUUUAUCUCUUAAGUCUAUUCGAUUCCUAGUUUGUA